AUGAUCUAUCAGGGUGACGAUGUUCAAGCGACGACAUUAAGACGGGUACAAACAGUGUCAAACACUGGAUCCACCGACUCACAACGCGUGAGGACGCGGCUUACACUACACGUUACCCGAACCCAAUUCGCCGCUGGUUCUUCCUCGUCUUCGGCCACCGCGUCGUCCAAUGCCGCUGCUUCGUCUACCAAUGCUACUGCCUCCUCUUCAGGUGCUAGUGGUGGAGUUGGAUCAACGACGGGUGCGGGGAUGCAUAUUACGGGUCGAGUGACAGAGGAGAAUGCGCACGUCAAAAUGGGUGCAUUUCAUACACUCGACAUCGAGGUCAACAGAGACGUGAAGAUUAUUAAACAAGAGUGGGAUCGUAUUGCGUUGGAUCGAGUCGACGAAGCGUGCGCAGAGGGACGAGGGGCAGAGGUGGGAGCGAUUGUCUGUGGAGAGGGUACGGCUGCACUAUGUCUCAUGUCCGAACACAUGACGACGAUUCGACAACGCAUCGAUGUGCCUGUACCCCGCAAAGCAGCAGGCAGCGCAUCGCACGAAAAGGGACUCGACAAGUUUUAUUCGACGCUCUAUGCUGCAUUCCUGCGCGUUAUUCCAUUUGCCUCGCUCAAGAUUUCGAGUCAGCUCAAGGAGACUAAGUUUGCGCGAGAGGGUAUCAUGCUGGACAAAUUCUUCAAGAUGCUUGGACAAGACGAGAUGAGAGCAUGGUAUGGACCGGAUCACGUCGCGUUAGCAGCAGACCGGGGUGCCAUUGGCGCACUUCUCAUCUCCGACGACCUAUUCCGGUCAUCGGACCCGACCACUCGAAAACGAUAUGUCGAGAUGGCGGAUGCCGUGCGGACAAAGGGAGCAGAGGUGCUCAUCUUUUCCAGCAUGCACGAGACUGGACAACAACUGAACCAGCUAUCCGGAAUUGCUGCGAUCCUCACAUUUCCAUUGGACAUUGAUAUGGUAGAGGAAGAGGAGCGACAAGCCAAGGAAGAAGCCGAGGCAGCAGCGACUGCGGAACAGAAUGAAUAG